UAUAAGCGAAAUAAAGUUUUCUGAACUAAAGUGCACAUAGAUUAAGUAACUCAAAUUAAUGCUAUGACUACUGAUCAAUAUUUUUACUUUGUUAUCAAUCAUUGAGUCAUUCAUCUCAUGUUAUGUAUUUUAACCACGGACUAAAGGUUCUAUGUCUCAUAUUUUAAAAUUUUCCUAGUGCUUUAAUCAGUAAACAGAGUGGUUUUGUUUACCUACUUCAAAAGUUUCUAAAACGUUUCUUCUCAACUUCUGUUUAUUAUUUAUUUUUGUCCGAUUCUUGCCUCAUAAACACCAUUGAUAGGGAAGAAAAGAUCUGUUGUAAAGUAAUUUUGUCAUAUGGUACAAAUCUAUAGGUGGGGGUGACUUAGUGGUAAAGGCAUUCGACUUUCGGGCUAUCACGUUCGAAAUUGAAACCCUACGUCAUCCACUUCAGUUUGGGUAAUCGGGUAGUAUCAUUGACCAUCACACUUAGAGUACAGUUCAUGUUCAAGUAAUUGAUGAAUAAAUUGAUUUAUUUCCAUUCCUUUAUCGCAGCCCUUAAAUCCGAAUUGGUAAUAUGCUAAAAACUUCUGUGAAUUGACCCUUCACUCCCAGUUAUACCUACCUGUUUACUAAUAGAUAUAAAGAACGAAUGCCGAUGGUGAUAAGUUUGAGCGGCACAGCUGUUUGAGAAUGAUUUCAAAAGACAUCACAUUCGCUAACACUUUUUCUAUAGCAGUCACUUAGCUACCUAAGAGCAUGUUUGAUCAAAAAAUUUCUGGCGAUGAUAAGGCACUGGGCAUGAUAAAGAGCCAGAAUUCUCUAUUAUCUUUGAGCAAACUCUGGAUAUCAACCAAUCAAAUGUAAACAUCGGACUUCUGUUUCCAAUUUUGUGGGAACGCUCUCGUUAUCCUCGGCCUUAUCAGUGCAUUUGAGGAACAGGCAAAAUAUUUUAGAUUUUCGUGAACAGCUAAAAGUCGACUGUUUGUAAAGUGUUGCUUUCUGAUGCUGUAACUUGAGAAAAGUGGAUAUCAUAAUAUCCUGCACAUGGUAUUAUCGAAGGCUCUUAGAAUAACACCAAUUUUUGUCAGUUACUUCUUAUUCGAUUGCUUAUAAUUGUCCGAACAGAAUUACUUAGUUGUAUUAUUUUUAUUGAAAUACAUCAGUUCAGAUGUCCAUAUGAGGCUAAGUGCACAAACCAUGGUACUAACCAGCUUAACGAGACAACUGGGAUCUCUGUAGCCUAGAGAAGAAUAAAUUAAGUCGACUUAUGAUUUAGUUUUAUCCAGUUUGGGUCAAUAAUGGUAGACGAGAGGAAAGGAUUUAGUGUUAUUUACUGUAUUCCUUUGUAAUCUAAUGGGAUACAAAAUUUUUCCCAUAGCUGAACCUAGAUUUUACCUACAUAUGCAUUACGUCUUUUCUAUUGUUUGCGUAAUGUUGAUUGCUUUUUACGUUUUGGUUCUUAUCAUAUGCUAAAUUUUGUUUGUUUUAUCAUGUUACCUUUAUUAUUUUUGCUGUUAACAUCACAUUUGUCACUGUACUGUUGUUUAUUUAUUAAAUGCUUUUCCGUACCCUACACUUUUUUUAUAAUUUGACUUACAAAUCGGCAUAAAUAGCUCACUGUUUUCUAUAAAUUUAUUCAUAGUUAUGCCUAGUAGAAAGAUUCUGAAAAGCAUCUAAUCGUCGAAAAACAGUUGUUCGUUUAUUCUCCUUGUUUUGUAAUUCAGCAGUUAAAAUGUGAUACCAAUAAAUUUUAUUUGAUAUUUGUUUGGAGUAAAAAGACCGUUUAGAGGCAGAAAGUGAUGGGAUUGAGGUAACUGCACUAUAAGAUAUUUACUAAUGAUAUAUUUAUGUAUUCGUGAAGUUUUCUCUUUGUGUAUGCUGUGCAUACUGUUAUUCUCCCUUGAAUUUUUGAUUUAAAGUACUUUCCAAAACUGGUAAAACGAUAGUGAAAUGUUGGAAGCUGAGAAAUAUGAACAAUCAUCAUCACCGUCGUCAGUAUCUGAUCUUAUCGAUAGUGAGAAUUGUGGAAUAGAUGCAAUUCGGAAAUCUUUCAACAUUAAAGAUUCUGUCAGCUGUUCGUCUUCAAUUAUUCCAGAUGAAGUUUCUUCACGUUUCAUACCCAUAGGAUCUUUUCUUUCAUCAAUACUUGAACCUAUUCCACAAGGUCAGGAAUUAGCAGUCGGUUCAAUGACUACUUCCACAGAUGAAUCAAAAUUCACCGUUCAAAAUUAUCAUUCCUCUUCUAAUCAUCAUACAACAACAAAAUUGAAAAAUGAAGUCUGUUGCCCUUGUCGUUUAAUCAAUUCUCGUGUAACACAACAAAGAAAUUAUCCGCGGGACACAGGACAAACAUGCAAUUCUGCAACACCACUAACAACUAACGUAACAGAGGCAAUCGCAAAGCAAACUAUUUCUUCAAACCAUCCUUUAAAUGUUCAUGGACAUGGAGAUAAUCAUACAAGUAAUCGAGAUUCUGUUUCUUCAAGAUCUAGUUGGGCUCGUAGCAUAUUUGAACGUUUACGAGCUUCAUCAUUAACAUCAUCUACUAAUGAGUCGAAAGCACAUCAUAAUUCUAAUGGUCAAAAUGAAUUUUUAUUUCGAUUCAAAGAGCACAAUAGUAACCAUAGUCAUAGUGUAAAUAUAUCAUCUGAUGUAAUUGAUCCCAGGCGUUUACCAAAAGCUCAUGGACCUGCAAGUAAUUGUUUGGAAUUUUCUAAACGACCUUUGCAAAAGUCCAAUAACCAUUUACAUUCGAAAUCGAUUCCAGUAUCUUCAACACAUGCUGAUUUGAUGUCUCCUGGUCUAUCGAAUUCGUUACAAUCUUCUAUCAUCAAUAAUAAUCAUAAUAAACACAGAAAACGUAUUCGCUGGUUCAGUCAUUCAACUUCAUGUGAUACUGGACCUGGCGAUCCAACUUUAGGUUCAUCAAAUUAUCAUUCACAAUUAAGUUCAUCAGUUGUAGAAGAAAUUCAAGGUGCAGUCAAUAUUUUAGCUGGUCGUCAGAUAUUUCCUAGUAGCAUCGCUUGUUCUCGUCCAGGAAUCCGUGUGAAAAGCGCCUCUGAAUCGGAGCAUUUACUAGUUAUUAGUAAAUCUCUGUCCAAUUCAAAAGAGGAAUUAUCCCCUUCAUCCUUUGGCCAUUUUGAUGAAAACCACGUUUAUACCACGUUAUUUCGUCAUAGUACAUGUUACGAUGUUUUACCGGGGAGUGGAAAGUUAGUUAUUUUAGACUCUCGUUUACCUACGUUACGUGCAAUAUGUGCUCUAUUGGAUAAUGGAGUUAUGGCGGCACCAGUUUGGUGCAGUGAAACUCAAUCAUAUAUGGGUAUUUUUUCUCAAGAAUUAGCUUUAGAUAUGAUUGGACAUUUACACUAUACAGAAGUGAUUAGAAGUGGUAAUUCAGAUAUUCAAACAUUGUCGUCUUCAAGUGUUGCUGACACCACAACAAAUUCCUCAUCGUCUGGAUUCUUUUCAUCGUUCAAUGCAAAUCUUUACGGAUGGGGUGCAAAACAAUUAGGGGAGGUUUAUAAUUUCAUGUAUAGUCGUCCUGAUCGUCAGCUUUUUUCAGAUCUGUUUGUAUAUCCUCAUUACUGUUUACAAAAGGCACUUUAUCGACUAUUUCAUCAUAAUCAUCAUUAUCCUGAACAACAUCGUCCAUAUCACCAGAGUCAACAUCCACACCAUCAAGAUAGUCUUUCUAAUCAUGAUACUUUACUCAAAUCCAAAUUUUCCAACACUCGUGGUCAUCGUUGUUCAUAUCCUAAUAACUCUACAAAAAUGCCAAUGAAUGAUAAUCCAAAUAAUAAAUUCAGCCAGCAGUCUCCCAAUGUACUACCAAGUCAAUCCAGUCAUUCAUCAUCAAGACUGAGUUUUUCCGAAGAUAAUGGUACAGUAUCCCUUUCGUAUUCUCCACUACUCGGUUCACGGUCACCUGGUUACCAAACAUCUAACUCCAACAAAUCAGAUGAUACAACGUCAGCUAUUACAUCAGAGGAUUUCGAAAGAGUAUCGUCUAAAUGUUGUCCUCUUUCUAAUCCAACCUCACUAUACACAUCACUUGUAUCUUAUCUAAUUGUAAUUGAUAAUCAUAGCGGAAAUGCGCUUGGUCUGUUAUGCGCUGAUCGUUUACUGGCAUAUUUACGUCUACGUGUAGAUGAAUUGCCGAAUACAGGUCGGAUGAAUGUUCCAAUCGGUUCUAUUCAUGGUCUUCGUUGGACUGAACGGCACACAUCAAAGAAACCAACAGUUACUAAAACUACAGAAGAAUGUUUACAAUUUAGAGAAAAUCCUGUUUUACACCCAAAUGAUCGAGUUCGUGAUGCUUUGCAUGUGCUAACUAGUUGGUUACCACAGUUACCAUGUCUUCCGGUUGUACAUUAUCUGGAUGAUAAUCAGUCCCAGUCGAUUGAUCAGAUUAGUUUUAUUUCGCCUGGUGAUCUUUUGAAUUUCAUUAUCUGUUCUACUUCGGAUACUGUACUCAAUGAACCAAUUAGUCAAAUUAUUGAGAAGAAAUUCGUACACUGCCCUUAUCAACAACAAUGUAUUUGUUUCGUCACAGAAACUGUUGAUAUUGUACUAGAUCGUAUGUUCCGACUUAAAACACCUUGCUUGAUAAUGUUUGAUACACGAAAAAAUAGCGCGUCGUGCACUGUAGCAAGUAAACCAUUCGGUAGACCUGUUGGUAUGGUUACAGCUAAAGACAUAUUACAUACAGUUAUUUUAGGCCAUCGUCAUCAUCCUUCUUCUUUACAUUCACAUCCAUCACAUCACAUUGAUGAAUCUAUGAAUACAAGUCAAAACAUGUCCGAAGAUGAUAAUAUUCCAUAUCGAAAUAAAAUACGUGACAAUUAUAAACGAACUGUCUCUUUCGAAUCCGGCGUUCUGUCAUCUAGCUGUCAAGAUGGUUCAGAAAAUAUAUUUGAUGCGUCGAGUGGUCAAGUUAAAUUGGAACAUUCUGAAGAGAAGUUUUCACGAUCUCCUUCAUUUGAUUCACUUCCUUCAAGUGGAACAUUUUCCGUAUCUAGUUCCAAUUCCGAAGUGGUACAUUCAUUAUCCAAUGAACAUUUCACAUCAACAUGUACCGAUACUGUUACAAGACGUGAUCAUUGUAAUUGUACAUGUCAUCAUCAACCAUCUACCAUUUUCGAUAAACAUCAAUACCAGCAAUCUCAUCACUCUAAAGGUACUCAAAGUUCUGUAAAUCCAUCAGUUGGUUUUCUUGAUAAAAUUCACAAUCAAUCACUACAUAGUUCAGGUGAAGAAUGGUGUGCUGAUCGACGAUCUUCUGUACCAUGUACAAUAAAAGCGAAUAUGAGAGGAAAUCUUAAUAUUCCAGAGAAUAAAAGAAAGUCUGUUAACUCAGAUCGACCGAAACAAUUAACUGUUUCCAAUCCUUACAUACAGAAUAAUGAUUUAAGCAGUUCACUACAGUUAAUCGACAACAGUUUCACUGAAAUCAAUGAAUCAAUUAUUGGCGAUAUUUCUGUUCAAUUGAAUAAUAAUAAUCCUAAGAAUAAACUGGAUAAAAUGGUCACUGAAGAAGAAGAAGAAGAUGAUACUGUUUUCCCAAUGGAUUAGAAGAAUUUGAUUGAUUCUAUUCUUUGUUCGUUUAUUUGAAACAAGAUAGCGAUAACAGCGCAGCCACGAUUGAAUAUAAUAUUGAUACUAGUUAUUUGUAUUAAUUGAGGGUUGUUGCACUUCCUUUUUAUUUAAUAAAUUAAAUAUGAUAACAAACAUUUUACAUCUUUGUAGUACCUAUUUGCCUUCAGAAAUCUUAUCAGUUUUUGCAUUCUUCCGUAAUAUAUGUACAUGGCUUAAGAAAAUAGAAUACACAAACUGCUGAAUAAUGAUAUGUACAUUCAUAUAUAUUCUCCGGUCGUGAUGAAAACACAUAUUACAUACAUCAAUCUAUGCAUACGCAACAUAUUCUUUUACUAUUGUGUUUCUUUAGUUAACAGAAACAUAAAUAGAUGUUCACCACUGGCCUAUAAUUACCCGUUUUUGUGGUGAAAUAUAACUCAAUCGAACAGUUUAAUCUUUUUCUAUAUGUAUUUCAUGUAUUUCCAUUUCUUUUAUAAAAAUCAUGAUAUAUAAUAAAAUUUAAUUGGUAAACCCGAUAAUUAAGUAGUUAGCAGUCAUACUCCUCUCACUUAGUUUUGUUGAGUGAUCUAACAUAUUUACCAUUUAUAAGUGUAUUUAUAUACAAUGUUUCCAAUGUUCAGUAAGUAUCCUAUAUUUAACGAUUUCGUCCACUUUUUGCUCAUUUAGUGGGUGAGUGAUGCACAUCGGAAUGUAAGUUUUACCGAACGGUUUCAUUUCAAGAGUCUAGAGUUAUCCUCAAUCGUUCACUAUGUAUAUGACACUAUGGCUCAGCCUACUACGCCGAAUAGAAAACACAAAUAUCAAGGAGUUUAGGGC